AUGGACUACCCACGCCCGCCCCAGCGCGACUCGUGGUUCGCGCCGCUCUCCAUCGACCUUCUCGUCAAGGUCUUCAAGGUCACUUUCUUCCACCCCUUCAUCUCGUGGAUCAUCCCCCUCUGCUUCCGCGCCCAGGCCCUGCGCUGGGAUGCCCCGCCCAUGGUCGGCUCCAUCGCCUGGGCCACCUUCAUCACGCUGUGCUGGAUGGCCAACGUGAUCAACCAACGCAUCGCGUACGGACUGCCGCGCGACGUCGACCUCAACGAGGAGGUCAUCGUUAUCACCGGCGGCGGCAGCGGCCUGGGUCUCCUCGUCGCCGAGGUAUACGGCAUGCGCGGCGCUACCGUCGCCGUGCUGGAUGUUAACGAUAUGGAGAACGGCGAGGCGAGGGGCGUCACGUUCUACAAGUGCGACGUCACGGACAAGACGCAAGUUGCGAGGGUCGCGGCCGAGAUUGAAAGAGAUCUCGGCACUCCAACCGUCCUGAUCAACAACGCUGCCAUUGUCAAGGGCAAGUCCCUCCUGGAACUCGACUUCGAGGAGAUUGAGAAGUCUAUCGCGACGAACCUCACGGCGCACUUCUACACCCUCAAGACCUUCCUCCCGCCCAUGAUCCGUGGCGGCAAUGGCGGCACCGUUGUGACCAUGUCCUCGGUACUCGGCCACCUCGGCGCCGCCCGCCUGACGGACUACGCCGCCGCAAAGGCCGGCGUGACGGCCCUCCACAAGUCCCUGACCGCCGAGCUCGCGGCCUCCUACCCGGAUAUCCGCACCAUACUCGUCGAGCCCGGCCAACUGUCGACGCCGCUCUUCUACGGCGUACAGACCCCGCACGCCUUUGUCGCGCCCGUCGUCGAGCCCGUCGACGUCUGCAAGGAGGUCAUCGCCGCCAUCGACGCAGGGCGGAGCGCCCAUGUCGCGAUGCCGCUUUACGCGCGCUGGAUUCAUUGGUACAACGUGCUUCCCGUCGCCGUGCAGCAGGUCGCUAGACGAGUGGCAGGCGUGGAUACCUCGAUGCAGACGUUCAUCGGCAGGCAGGAGAAGGGGAUGGGCGAGAAGAACGGGAGUCUGAUCUAG